AAAAUGAAACAUGAAUAGUAAAAAAAAAAAAAAAUGUGUAUGUGUAUUUUUUGUUGUGAAAAACAAUAAAAAAAUAAUAAGCCGAAGCCAUAUGUCAAUUGUCAACUAACAAUAGCAACUAACAAUUACACGUCAAUGGGAAAUAUCAUAUUUAUCAAAAGUGAUAAGAUAAAAUAUAAUUCAAAUAACCAAAAAUUACUACAAAGUGACAUGAGUUAACUAAGUCAUCAUAUUAUUAUUUAAUUAUUUUAAAAAUAUAAUCAUUACAUAAAUAAAUACUUUCUCGUAAAAAUAACUUUUGUUUACGUAAAUGUUCGAUUUUUAAAUUUUUUAAAUCGUGAUUUUUUUUUUAUUAAUGUUGUUAUUAUCAAACAACCUCGAAUUAUUUAUUUCGAUUCGUUGAAUCAAUAAAAUAAUAAUUGCUACGUCAUAAUAUAUAAAAAAAAUACUUUUAUUAAAUAAUUUAUGUCAGUUUAUUUACAAAGUUAAAUAAUUUUUCCAAUGAUAUUUUUAAAUAAAUAAUUAAUCAUAAAACAAAAUUAUAAAAUGAUUUUGUGGUGAUGAAUUUGUAAAAAAAAAACAAUUAAUUUAUUUUUUAAUUUUUGAUAAAUUUCAAAAAUGUUUGUAAAAGACCCAUGUGGAAUAGUUUGCAUUUUGGUUACAUAUGUCGCCGUUUUUUAUGCGGAUUAUGUUGUUAUAAGAUGGAUUAUUUUACAUACGAUGCAGGAUAGUUUAUGGGGCCCGUUUCAUGUGGUUUCGUUUAAUACGAUACUAUUGCUACUGAUGAUGUCGCAUUUAAAAGCGAUAUGUAGUGACCCGGGUGUUGUACCUUUACCACAAACGAGGAUGGAUUUUUCUGACAUACAUACUGGGGGUUCUGGAGCAAGCGAUGAUUGCGAGGAAAGAGAUGAUUGGAGCGUAUGCACGAGGUGCGAAACUUAUCGACCACCUAGAGCACAUCAUUGUAGAAUUUGUGAAAGAUGCAUACGUAGAAUGGACCAUCAUUGUCCUUGGAUAAAUAAUUGUGUAGGCGAACGUAAUCAAAAGUAUUUUAUUCAAUUUUUGGUGUACGUCGGCGUACUUGCUAUCUACGCAAUUUCAUUGGUAAUUGUAUCAUGGGUUACCGAUUGUCCGGAAUGUAGUACCGAUGUAACGAUAAAACAAAGUAGGAUUUUGCACUGCGUAAUACUGGUCCUGGAGUCAGCAUUAUUCGGAAUGUUCGUGGUGGCGAUACUGGUCGACCAGUUCCAAGCGAUACUUGGAGAUGAAACCGCCAUCGAACGUCUUCAAGGUGGACACAAUCACUACCACCAUCAUCCUAAAUCACGUCGAGCGAUAACACUCCUCUCCCAAGUCUGUGGUAAAAGCCAUCCUAUUUUGUGGCUCUUUCCCUGUCAUAAUCCCCCACGUUACACAUUCCGUCGUGACGAUCGUUUGCUUGAUCACGAAGUAUAAUUCCGCUUUUAAUUUAUUUAUCUCCUAAUUAUACACAUACCUAAAGAUCAGAACGUUCUUCGCGCAACGAAAAUGAUAAAAAUUUAUGCAAUGUGACCGGUAGCACGACUUGUAGUUCGCGAAUAAAAUAUCUCUGACAAAGUAUCCACGAUAAAUCUUAUUCAGAAAAAUAUAUUUUAAGUGAAAAAAUAAUUAAUGGUUUUCGAUAAACGGGUACUGUACCAUUCCAAGCAUAUGUGUUGAUCUAUUUUUAAUAUCACACACUCAAAUUUUAUGUGCAAAUAUAUUAAACAUUUCUGAUAAAAGAGCACCGUACUAUUUUUACUGAAAGUAUUUAUCGUUUGUUCACAUGUGUGUGAUAAAGAGAAUAGAUGGCAUAUCCUCUUAAUACAAAUUCUUUUUGUCCAACUAUCACAUAAGUUAAAAUAACAAAACUUGACACAAUUUAUCAAGUAACAGUAAUACACUUAAUUAAUAUAUUAUUAUGUAAAUUUGUGGCAAUCAAAGUUGGAGUUAAAUAUGAACUUGGGCAUAAAGAAUUUGUUUCAAGUUCUGCUGAUGAAGUCAAAAUAUAAUUGACGAAACGUUCAAAUAAUUAAUGAUUUUAUUCUUUUAUUCAACCUCGUCCAAAUUUCUGAGAUUAUAGAAUUAUUGAUUAUAAGAUAAUUAGUCGAAAAUAUUUUAUCUAUCGAGUAUUUAGUCCGGGGAUAUUUUGUCCAUCGGAUAAAUUGUAUUCGGAUAAAAAGUGACAGUACUAUUUGACCACUCAAGCGAUACUUGGGCUGGCCUGAAAUUUUUGCCUGACCGAGACCUGCGUGAAAAAUUUUCGAAUUUUUUUUCCGACUACUGAAUUGCAGAAAAAAAAAAUCUAAAAAUAGGCACAUGUAGAAAAUUAAAAAAUCUAUAAGUGCAAUUUUUUAAAAUAUUUUUUUUUUAAUAAUUUAUCGUUUUUAAAAAAAUCAAAAGUUAUUAGACGGCUAAAACUCAGUAUCAAAUUUUUUUGACUCCGCAUUUUUUUUUUUAUCUUUGCUCCGCGAAAAACGUUCCGAUCUUCAGGUACAUAAUUAUAUAUAACGUUAACAUUAAUAUCAAUAUUUAUUUAUUUAAUUAAUAAGUACUGAUAAUAAUUUGUAUUAACGAAUAGAAUUUAUAUCUGAGCUUAAUGUCAAUUAAUUAUUAUUAUCAAAGUGUUAAUAUUCUUCCGUUGAUUUUUUGAAUCAGCAAAUAUGGUCAUACUUGAUCAAAUUUAAUCACAUAUCUGAUGGACGGCCUUUAUCUAUACUAGCUUUAUUAUUAUUAUUUAUAUAUAACUAUUCUAUUAAAUUUUGCUUAUAUUUAUUAUACUAUAUCACAUCUGUAUAUAAAUUCAUUACCUAAAUGUGUCUACGUGCUGAGAGUGUUGUAAAACAUUUUAAAAUUCAUUUGAUCAUCAUUAAAUCUAUGAUAAAUUUUUUUAUUUAAUUAUAUAAGAUAUACAUAAUCUUUAAAUAAUUAUUAAAAAAUAUCACAUUAACAGUAAAUUUAUUUAUUAUUAUUUCUUAAAAGUCUACGUAAACGUUUGUUAAUUUUUUAA